AUGCCCAUCUGCAUCGAGUGCUCAUAUCCAGUCUCCCAUCUGUACAGCACCUACAGCCGUGCUGAUGACCGAUCAUUGGGUAAAGGAGUUCGCCUGACUCAAUGUCCGCGCUGCCAGCGCUUCGCCGACAAAUAUGUCGAAUAUGACUUUGUCGUACUCUUCAUCGAUCUUGUCCUGAUCAAACCACAGGUAUAUCGCCAUCUGCUCUUCAAUCGAUUAGGAGGCUAUGACAACCAAUUCGAUCGCUCCAUCAUCCGUCUCGGGAUCCUCCUACUCCUGUUCGAUGUCUACCUCACCUGGGCUCGCAUUGAGAAAUCGCCCUCCAUUGUCGAUACCUUCCUUUGGCGCGCCCCCGUCAUCGUCCAAUACCUCUUCUUCCUCAGUCUGAACGCGCUUGCGACGCUUGCUCAUCAUCUCACCAUCCGUCUCCUUGCCUCGAUCCUCGCCCCAACGCCCCGGGGUCACGUCGCGAAGAGCAAUACAACAAACAACACCGGGACAGAGGCCUCUCAUCCCUCCACCCCGGUGCUACCGUCAUUUCCAGCCUCCCAACUCUCCCCGGCUGCCACACCCACCCCUGCAACGAUCCUCAGCCCACCUAAGCUCAUCCCGCAGGGCUCAUCUUCUUCUCUCCAAGAUCCAGCAACAACAACAUCCACUGGCACCAUCACGACAGGCAGCGAAUCUCAAACCCCAACCCCAACCGCCCACUCCCCCCCUCCGCCGCCGCUCCGCCGCUCCUCCACCGGCCCCGCCCAAAACAUGGCCAUGAACAUCCCCAUGGGAAUGAAUAUCAAGCCAUUGCCCCCACCCUCCCCUGCAAGCCCCACCGCCAUCAGCACCGCGCUUCUCGUCAGCAGCUGCGCGAAGCUAUUUCCCAUCCUCCUCGUCAUCUGGGGCCCGGACGGCAGCGGCAACGCUUUCACCACCACCACCACUACCACCGCUUCGCACUCUGCCAUUGAUCAAAUCGGCAGUAGUGCCAGUACUGGCUCACCCACAGCUUUCGACAGCAUCCUCACUCCUGUCGCAGCAAUCACCGCCGCCAUCACAACAGCCACACAGACCUCCUCCACAUCAUCGUUAUCAUCAUCAUCGUCGUCACUUUCCUCCUCCCUCUUGGACAGUAUUGUGCGCGCACUGCCAGAGUCCGUUCCCACCGGCUAUCUCGCCGAGUUCUUCGAGUUAAUGGGCUCGCUGCUGUCCCUGGGUGCGGCGGAUUCGCAUCUUGUGCUACUGAGUAACAUUGAGGCACUGUAUAUCCUGCUUGGAUGCGGGUAUCUGCGGGCCGUGGCGUUGGCGGUGACGGGGUUGGUGGCGCGGUGGUCAGUCCAGAGAGUGAUCUUGGGGUUGGUCGGAGUUAGUUAACCUAAGCUUAACGGGAAGCAUCAACAAACACAGAUCCAUGCUUAUCUUUUAGCUCCUCUACCUCCACCUCCGUAUACGCAACAUACAUAUAACUCCCCCUCGCCCAAGAGAAGAAAAAUGUAGGAUACAAUCAUGAUGCAAUUCGCGAAUCCGCAUAACUCAAAACAACCUUCACCCGUGCCAACGAAAACCUAUAAACUAUGAACUAUACAAAACGUUCGAGAAACAUGAGAAAAUCCCUUGCAAAAUUCACGGGGGUAUAAUCCCAUUCAACCCUCCCCGCCAACCAAGCCAGGACGGGCCCGUACGUAGCAUAUCACCAACACUUCUAGACACCCACCCUGCCGAUCCACCUCGACAUACAUCAUACAAAGGCCUCACUUCCCGAACUCACA